UCCAUCAAAGAAAAAAGUGAAAAAUUGGAAAAAAUUGAAAAGAAAAAAUUGAAAAAAGAAUCGGAUACUAAAAUAAAAGAUAAAUAUGAAAAACCGAAAAAAUCCAAAGAUUUAGAUCACAAACAUACCAAACACCGUGACAAGGAAUCAAAAUCACGAAUCAAAGAUCAAUCUCCACCACCAUAUCAAUCACAUUCGAAAAAGGUGAUCGUUGUUGAUGAAACAAAAGAUAAAAAAUCAUCUAAAUCUAAACUAUCAAAAUCCAAAUUAUUGGAAUCGAUCGAUGAAACAGAAAUUGUUCCUACUAAAACGAGUAGUUCAUCAUUUAAAUUGUUGAAAAAAGUUAUGGAAAAAGAUAAAUCUCCUCGUAAAGAAAAAAUUGUCGAACGCAAAAAACAAAUGAAAAUCCAUUCAUCACAUGGCGAUGCUCGUGAUGUUGAUGAUGAUAAAAGAUUAAUUCAUAAACAAUCAACUAUUAGUUCAUCUGAAAUUGAAAUACCAGUUGAACAUGUUUACACUGAUCCUACCACCUUUUCACAACCCAUUCAAAUCCAUCAUCAUCAUCAUCAAUAUCACGAUCAAUCGAUAGUACCAUCUACAUCAAUGUUCACAACACAAUUACCUGUUGAACAUGUUGAAACAGUUGAAAAAUUUGCCGCAUCUUCACCCACUGGUGAUCAACAUCGAAAAUUAAUUAUUGAAAAAACUCGUAAUGUAAUGUUCGAUGUAGGUGGUGGACAUUAUAGGAUACAAUCUCCACAACAUUCUUAUUCAUCAUCAGUCGUUUUACAGCCUGAUGAAUCGAAAAAAAAGAAAAAAGUUAAAUUAUCCGAAACUGUUGCUAUUGCCGAGCCAAAAGAUUUAAAAAAGGAUAAAAAGAAAGAUGGAAAAAGUUCACGACGUGGCUAAGAUUUAUUCAAUUGAAUCAUAGCAGAAUUUCUUUUGAAUAUAAAUCA